CAUCGCAUGAGGACAAAAAAAUAAUUGAUUUUCUUCUAAGUAAUGAAAUGAAAUGAAAUGAAAUUCAGUUUCACAGUAGAGUCUGUCUGAGUGAAAUGGCGGAGGAAGUGAGGGGAACCGAGUGGUGGACUGAGGAGCUAGCGAGUCUGUUAGAGGAUCCAACGAAACUCACUCCGACUCCGACGACGUCGUUUCAGGUGGAGCCAGCGGCGGCGGCGACUGAGUCGGACUCGGGGGAGAGCUUCAAGGACCAAGCCGUGGGGUUCUUGAUGGCAUGGUGCGAGAUACUCAUGGAGUUAGGUCGAGGGUUUAGGGACAUUCUGCAGCAGAACUUGCUCAGUGAAGAUUCCUAUGUUGUCAGAAAGCUACGAGGACCUUGUGCUAAGGUUUCCAAGAGAUUGAGGUUUUUGAAUGAUGUUUUGCCUGAGGAUCGUGAUCCUCUUCAAGCUUGGUCUGUUGUCUUCACCGUUUUCAUUCUUGCGCUCGCAGCAAUAUGUGUGGAUCCGAAUCGUGAACCGUUAACUAGAGUGGUGAAGGUGCGCAUCCAUCCUCCUAGUGCUAGCCGUGUAUUUCUUCCAGAUGGUAGGUCCAUGGCGUAUCAUGAUCAAGGUGUUCCUGGUGGUAGAGCUAGAUUUUCCCUUGUUGCUCCACAUUCUUUUCUUUCUUCUCGACUAGCAGGUAUUCCCGGAGUUAAAACAUCACUGCUUGAAGAGUAUGGUGUUCGCUUGGUUACAUAUGAUCUUCCUGGUUUUGGGGAGAGUGAUCCUCAUCCAAAUCGAAAUUUGAACUCAUCAGCUAUGGAUAUGUUGCAUCUAGCCAAUGCUGUCAAUAUAACUGAUAAAUUUUGGGUACUAUGCCACUCAAGUGGAUGCAUUCAUGCUUGGGCUUCACUCAGAUAUAUUCCUGAGAGAAUCGCAGGUGCAGCAAUGUUAGCUCCUAUGAUUAAUCCAUAUGAGCCGCGCAUGCAUAAGGAUGAGAUGAAGAGGACUUGGGAAAAGUGGCUGCCAAGGAGGAAAUAUUUUUAUUCCUUGGCAUAUAGAUUUCCAAAACUUCUCUCUUUCUUCUACCGGAAAAGCUUCUUGCCAGAAAAACAUGAUCGGAUUGACAAGCAGUUAUCACUCUUACUAGGAAAUAAGGAUGAAGUUCUCAUUGAAGAACCAGCAUUUGAAGAAUUUUGGCACAGAGAUCUGGAGGAAUCAGUUCGUCAGGGAAACAUGGAGCCAUUUGUAGAGGAAGCUAUUCUGCAGGUUUCUAAAUGGGGUUUUGACAUUGAAGAACUUCAUGUGCAGAAGAAGUGUCAAACCAGAGGCAUACUUCUUUGGUUUAAGUCCAUGUACAGUCAGCCAGAAUGUGAAUUAGCAGGAUUUCUUGGCCCUAUACACAUAUGGCAGGGACUGGACGAUAGGGUGGUCCCACCAUCAAUGACAGAAUUCAUUGGACGAGUGUUGCCAGAAGCAGUGAUCCAUAAGUUUCCAAAUGAGGGCCACUUCUCAUAUUUCUUUUUCUGUGAUGAGUGUCACAGGCAAAUGUUUUCAACUCUUUUUGGAGCCCCUCAAGGCCCGGUUGAACAACAAGAUGAUACUGCACUCGAGGAAAGUAAGGAAGAUGUUUUACAAGUAACUGUUUCUCACAUGGAGUGAUACGAAACUGCUGAUAUAACACGACAAGGAUUAGGUCGGAUGAAAACUGCCCUGAUAGGAAAGAAGUUUUUGUUAGUUUGUGUUCAUGAGAGAGUUUCUGAGAAAGUUAAGAUGUAGAAGUUGAUUUCAACUUUUCUUACAAGUGCUUUAUAAAAUGCUUAUAAGUGCUCA